ACAGAGUUUUGUUUUCUCCUGUUUGGCCUCCGGGAAAAUUCAACCUGCAACAUAUUGGAAAUACUAGUCUUUAUUCAUCUGAAUAGAAAAUCGAGGUAAACAAUGAGAAGAUCUUUGGGAUUCGGGAACGACGAUGAUCUGAAUAAUCUGAAGGCAACUGAACUGAGACUUGGAUUACCUGGAAGUGAGGUACCUGAUCAGAAAUCACAAUCAAUCACAACAAGCAGCACUUGCUCUAUUCUUAGAACCAACAAGAGAGCUUCACCUGAAAAUUCUGAUGACUUUUCAAGAUCAUCAACCUCCAUUAGUACAACUUCUUCAUGUGUAUCAAAUGCUAAAACACCAGAAGACGCUGCACCUCCUGCCAAGGCUCAAAUAGUAGGUUGGCCUCCGAUCAGAUCUUACAGGAAGAACAGUUUACAAGUAGAGAAGAGAAGUGAGGGAGAUGGUGCAGGAAUGUUUGUGAAAGUGAGUGUAGAUGGAGCUCCUUACUUGAGGAAGAUUGAUCUUAAGGUUUACAAAAGCUAUGCAGAUCUCCUCAAGGCUUUGCAGAAUAUGUUCAAGCUGAAAAUUGGUGAAUAUUCAGAGAGAGAAGGAUAUAACGGAUCUGAUUAUUCUCCAACUUAUGAAGACAAAGAUGGUGAUUGGAUGCUUGUUGGAGAUGUUCCAUGGGAAAUGUUUAUCUCCACAUGUAAGAGGCUAAGAAUCAUGAAAGGGUCUGAAGCUAGAGGAUUAACUUUUCUAUGAAACCAAACAUGAAAUAACCACUGAGAUGCAGCAAAA